AUUCAUAAUCCUCGUGAUUGUUUUUAAAUCCUUUUUUUGCCCUUUCUUCUGUAAUCUUCUACAUCCCCGCAACCCUUUGAGAUCUAUCUUGAUCCCCAAUUCCACCAUUAGCAAUUAUGCCUUCAACUCCCAAAGUCCUAUACUUCUACACCUUUCCAAUCCUCUAAAACGGGCCAUAUAAUAUAUGUGAUCGAAUAGCGGAGCAGACUGGAUGGGCAUCUUGGCCUAAUUCUGCUCCUAUAUCUUACGAUCUUAUGGUCUUCGAUCGGGCUUUUCGGUCAUAUCCCUUAAUGUUUCUUUAUAACAUUAAAAAAAUCUUGUUUGGUGAUUCCUGCACACCAUGUCUUAGUCAUUGGUUGGCUAACCAGCCUGGUUCAUUGAUAGGAGCCAAAGGAGUAGAAGGAUUCUGGCACAUAACAUUAUGGAGUGAUACUGCACAAAAAGAUUUUAUUUGGGCCAGAAUGCCUGUGCCAUUUCCUUGGAAAUUCUUUCCAGUUAUUCCACAUCCACUGCUUUUUCCAAAGGCCCCCGCAGAUUUUCUACUUUCAAUUCCAUUUUGAAAUUUUCUAGCAGAUCUGCUUCCUUGCAUACUGCAUGCACCUGAUAAUGACAAUCUGCUGUGUUAAAAUAAAAUUCUCCUCUCCCUCCCUUGCCUAUCUCUCCCAGCUAUCUUAAAGUUUUGUACUCAGAUCACUGAACCUGCUGCCAAUAUAAACAGUUCUCCCUUGUAAAAGAAAGCAUUAAAAACGUGUAGCCUCAUUAUUGCGACUAAUCAUCGUGCCUGAAUAAUAAUCAUUUGACUAAUUUAGAUUAUCCUGUGUUUAAAAAAAACCAGUAGACAUAACAUAUCAUGGAAUCAAGAAGGGUGCAAGCCAGUACCAAAUAUGGAGCUAGAUUUAGUCGAUAAACUUAAUGUUUCACAAAUAUUUAUUCAAAUACCAUUUAUAUGACGACCAAGUUCAAUAUAAUGUUUGGAAGGUAGAAUAACUGAGUUUUUACUUUCAGGUUGAAUGGCUUCCAUAUAAUGUAGCAGAGUGUCAAUGUUAAUCUGGAUAAAAUCAUAUGGAGCAGUGGAAGGGAUUCAAAUAAACUAGUGAUACAGAAACAGUUUACACAUAGUGCAGAAAUCAGCAGGUUACAGGCAAUGAAGAGGUACAAGACAACAUAAAAUUAAAUGAAAAGGGAGAACAAGAGGCAAAAAUUAUUUAAUUCAUACAAACUAUUUAAGCGAUCAAGUGUUUGUUUGUCUUUUGCACAGGAUAUGAACCAGGACAAUAUAAUCCUUACUUGUUGCAGCUUUACUAGCUCAUUAUAUCAACAACAACAAAAAACACCUCAAUAAAUCAUCGGGUAUUAUUUUUCCCUUAUAUGAAAUGCUGGUAAGGCCAGCAUUUAACUCCCAUCAGUAAUUGACAUAGAGUGGCUCUAGAACCACUAUCGUUCAUCUGCUGGGUAACGAGUUCCAGAGUUUGGAUGGACAAAUGACAAUGUAUUUACCGUUCAGGUAGGUGUGUGAUAGAUGUCGGGUUCCCAUGCUCUUGCUGUGCCUCUCCUUCUACACGUAGAGGCCAUGAGUUAAAGUGAGUACAAUUAAUAGCAGGAACACACAGGAUGUUUAAGAAUAAAUCUGACAGGAACAUGUGCAUUCCAUUCCACUGUUUAAAGUAGGUGAGUGAUAUAGGAGGGAAGACUAAUUAGCCUAUCAUCUGUUACUCGGAUCUAUACUUGAGGACAGAGUGGCUGGACAUCUCAACAAUAUCUGAUCAAAGAUGGCUGUGUGGAUCUGGGAAGAUAGGGAUUACCUGAUUAAUCUAUUAUUUUUUUUCAAGCUAUGCUUGUAGACAGGAUCAAGUCUAAUUGUACUUCUGGAGUGCCUUUGGUAAAGUUUUCCAUUAUGUUAAAUUCAUAAAAAUUAAGGCAAAUGGGAAAUUUACGUGUUGGUUAUGUAAUAUUCCUGCCAUUUUUAAUCUUCCCCCAAAUCACCAGAUGGUCCACUUGCAUCUCUGGUACCACUUGAUCACUGGAGUGUUCUCAUUUGCCCAGAGUUAAAUGGAUUAUUGCAGCAUCUGGUCACUUGGAAUCUCUCAAACACUUCAAGAAUAAUCUUGCUGAAUUCACUGGCUAAAUCCUUCCCUGCAGGCAGAGUCCCAAUUGUGGAUGGUAUUGUUGCAGCCUAGAACAGUUCUUCGUGUUAAAUUGGAAUGUCACAAUCCCUAGAACGUUGAUCCUUACCUUUUGGAUACAAGUUAAGCUCCACCUGAGGGAUCUCUGGCUGCCUGACGUGGAGGACGAGUCUGCUUAUGGACAUGGUCGUAGUCUUGUCCCGAAACUUUGCCUAUAUCCUUCGUUCCAUAGAUGCUGCCUCACCCGCUGAAUUUCUCCAGCACUUUUGUCCACCCUGCUUAUGCACAUGGUCAGAUCAGCAAUCAUAUGUGAUAGGAGCUGAAUUAAGACAUUCAGCCCAUUAAGUCUACUCUGCUAUUCAAUCAAGGCAGAGCUCUCUCUCCUAACUCCAUUCUCAUACCUUCUUCCCAUAACUUCUGACACGUGUACUAAUCAAGCAAUCUGUAGGUUCACGGAAGGCAGGGUGCAUGAAGAGACGGAGAAGUCCAUUCAUUUGCACUUUGAGCUUCUGUGCUUGGCUGUUCAUUAAUCGGAAAUAUAAUGUGCAUCAGAAGGUUUGAUGCCUUCUAUGACAAGUCUAAACUGCGAGUAAAAGUCUUGUAUACAUCAUUCAAAGCUUGAUUGGGUUGGGAAGCCAUCCCUCUGCUUGGUUGGCAUUUUACACUGCGUUUGCCUCAUUUUUUUAGUUCCACGUUGGUGGCACCCGUUAUGAGGCGUUUGUUGGGUGACCUUUAAUCAGCCUUUUCGUUCCCUAAAUUAAAAUCCCUCGAUAGUCUCAACAAUUUGCCCAGGUGACUUUCUAUUGGGUAAACAACCUCCGUUAUCAAGUGCUAAUCUAUCAAGCAUUGGUAAAGCGGGUUUGCGCUGUGUGAUACUAAUGUGAGGGGGAAAGGAGGUGAAUGGCGGAUGGGACCUUUUCAAAAAUAAGGAGCGGAAUAAGGUGCAGGAGAAUUAGAAAAUAAAAGUGUACCGCGCAAACAAAAGGAAACCCAUUUUUUAAAGCUUGAGCUAGUUGUAAGUGUACAUCGAUGUCCCAUCCGGCGAGGUGUGUGGUCGUUAGAAAGAUUGUUGAGGGUUCUUUGAAAGUGUGGCUUCAGGAAGACAAGGUGCUCUGGUGGUGGGAGAGAGGUUUAACAUUACCCGCGUCGUCCUGUUGCUCUGGACAAUUCGCAAGGCCAUCCUCUGAGGUUGUGGGCCGACUGUAGUGAGGAGGCCUCCGGCCGGUCUGCUCGCCUGCCAUGGCGCAAGGGCCCAAGUACAAGAUACUGAGGGAACUAGGCCGUGGGAGUUACGGUGUUGUCUACGAAGCGGUGACCAAGACCGGGGGCAGAGUUGCCGUGAAGAAACUGCCGUGUGAUUCACCCGUAAACUCCGAGUUGGCUCUGCAGGAGUUCUGGGCUCUGAGUCGGGUGAGGAAAAGGCAUCCGAACGUGAUCUGGCUGGACGAGUGUAUCCUGCAGAGAGACCGGACCAUGCAGAAACUGAGCAGGGGGGCGCUGGAAUCCGACAGCCACCUGCAGCUGGUUGAGACCUACUUGAAGGGGAAGUGUUGCUUCGAACCGCAGUCCUCCCACUGCCUGUGGUUUGUGAUGGAGUUCUGUGAUGGAGGGGAUCUCAAUGACUACCUGCUGAGCCGAGCCCUAGACUGCGGACUCAACCUCCACUUCAUGCAACAGCUGAGCGCCGCCGUGGCUUUCCUGCAUCUCAACGCGAUUGUCCAUCGAGACCUAAAGCCGGACAACGUCCUGGUCGCCAGCAGUCCCGCGGGACCUGUUGUCAAGGUGGCUGAUUUUGGCUUGAGUAAGUGUCAAAGCAAAGGCAGUGUGAGCCAGUGGCAGGUGUCUGAUGCCUGUGGUUCUGAUUUCUACAUGGCCCCUGAGCUCUGGGAAGGGCAGUACUCGAACAAGGUGGACAUCUUUGCCCUUGGGAUCAUCUUCUGGGCCAUGAUGGAGAGACUCACUUUUCGAGAAGCAGAGUCUGAGAAAGAACUGUUGGGCAUGUAUCUAUCUCGAGGACGUCACUUAGUUCCAGUGGGAAAGGCAUUGAUGGAGAAUCCCAGCCUGGAGCUUGCAAUCCCUAUGAAUAGUAAAAGAUCUCUGAGCAAAGGUAUCCAGAAGCUUCUGCAAGACAUGUUGGCUUAUAACCCCCGGGAGCGACCUGACGCUUUUAGUCUUGGAGCUCAAAUUGAGCAGGUUAUUUUCACCGGAGCAAGGCUGAGGAUGUAAUGGCAAUCAUUGCAGGUUGCUACUGUCCUGCAGUUCUGGAAACGAUGGGAAGAAAUAUUCAUCUGUAUUAUUACAACGGAUUCUGACUAUUACAACAGAUUCUGGCUUUUAUAUGUAAUUGUUGUAUUGGGUGCAUCGUUUUUUUCUUCUUUUUUUUUGCCUUGCAAGCUGCAGUUCCAUUGAUCUUGAAACAGGUUUGUGAUUCUUGAUUCAAAGACUACUUUCAAAACACUUAUUUCCCCAGAGAGAAGUGAAGGACUUGAUUUAAAAGGCUAGGUUGAGCUAUGAACAGCCACUCUUGUCAAAGAGUCCCUGUUGAAAGUUGGAUGUCAGAGUUCCAGACACUUACUUCACUGGCUCGCUAGGAAGCUCAUCAGUUCUGCUGACUGCACCCGGUACUGCUGAUCAGAAGCCUGGGAUCGGGUCAUCUCCGAGUGGUAAAUUGUCUUCGUACUUGAUCUAUUGUCUAGCUUCCUGGGACCUUUCCUCUUUUCCUGUUGGGUGAAUAAAUAAUUGAUGCUCUUUUGAUCUCUGUGUAUCCAUUUUUGAGGUGGAUGGACUUUGGUGCUUGUUUUCCAGUAACGCUUGCUGUAACUCAUUGUGCAUCUCUAGAUGGCUUAGUAUUCCUAAGUACAUUAUUGGUAUUAAUAAAGUAUCUUUCUCUGGAACCUAUUUUGCAACAAUCUGUAUUAGUCCAUGUCAGCAAUUCAUUGCAACAAUGCUAGGUGCAGAGAUAAACACAGCUGAAACAAUCUGUGUUGAAAGAUUACAGGUCAAAAGGUUGGUUGCAAAAAUACAGAUCCCAACAUCUGUGCAUUAAUUAAAUGUCAACCUUUGCAAUUCAGUCAUGCACAACAUAUUCCUUCAGUGUGUGACAUCGGGCCCUUUAAAGUGUGGUUUGAAAAUGCUUUCAUGGAAAUAUAUUUUAAAUUCAUGCAGCAACGUUGGAUGAGAAGGAAAUAAAUUCUUCCCUUUGUUCUGGUCAAUAAUUAUGCUUCUGACAAAGGGUUUCGACCCAAAACGUCACCUGUCCAUGUUCUCCAGAGAUGCUGCCAGACCUGCUGAGUUACUCCAGCACCGUGGGCUUAUGAAUAAUUAUGCUUCAACAGACAUUACUAAACAAAAAUCCAGCAAAUCUUGCUUCUUAUUCCUAUGCUACAAGACCCAGUGCUGCCUGUGUCACAUUUUAAUUAUCUUGCAAUCAUCUCCUCUGGGCCUGAAGGAUCUGACCUUGAAUGCCUCCAUUAACUUUCUGCCUCCAAGCCAGAUAUGAUCAUGAUCUUUCCUGUCACUACCUUUGCCUUCAUGUCCAUUCCUUUGGUUGGGCAUCUUCACUGCAAAUUGUUGACUUUGUUCCUGUUGCCUGAGUUGCUGAAAGUCUCCCCUGGUCUCUACUCCUCUCUGGGUCAAUUAAUUGCAACUUAUCAACACUCCCUUGUUCCUACCUAUUACCUUGUCAACUUUCAAUGCUCUGCUCACUUUGGACUAAACCCAACAUUAUUAUUAAAACUGGAGGGUGGUACUGUUGGUGACAAACGACUUCACCUGCUCUCUGAUGCCACCGCAUGCCAGUGAAGAUCAGACCAUAAUCUUCAGACAAUCAGUGAUAUUAUCCCUGGAUAUCUUUCCUCCACAUUUCUAGCUUUAGUCCUCCAACUACACACAGCCUAUUUCUAUUUCCUCCCCAAAAGGCACAGCUGGACUAUUCUUUCUAUUCUUGACUAUUCUUUCUACCCUGUGCAGUUUCUUCACACGGAUCAAUGACUCCUCUGACACCUCUGCUGCUGAUGGUUCACAUUGCCUCACAUUCACCGAAAAAACAUCCAAUCCCCUGGCAUCUCCAAACCAAACUGGGGAUGGCCUGGGGCUACUUUGCAUCUGUCAGAGGUCCAACAACAUUCUCUCCAGCAUUGCCCUCCUUUACGUAGCCAAUGUUAUUAUUAUCUGAUCUUCACUGGCAUUGAUCCAUGUGUGUCACAUGGAUGGCUAGGAGAUCCAACACACAACUAUAGGUGUCUUUGUGUAAUAGUCUUUGCUUUGGACCCUGUUCCAGCACAUUGACUGUCUGCUCCCUCCCCCUUCUCGUACAGAAUUGAGUCUCUCCACCUUUGCUUCCAAUUUAUAUUCUCCUCGCACUUUCACCUGGUCCAUCUGACACUUCCUCUCUUCACUUCUCUAACUUCAUCUUGCAGGAAAGGUUAUGCACUACAAACUCAGACUUAAUUGUUAUCAGUUUAUCUGGUUCUGAUAUUUGCUUUUGGUCAACCAAGGGUUCUCCAUCUGGUUUCUCAAAGUGUCUUCUCCAUUCUGCACAUCUGCUCACCACCCCUCGCCCCUCCUGGAUCAAGGAUAGACUCUCCAUCCUCACACCAGCCUUCAAUUUACACCACUGUCAAUAUGAUGUCACCACCAAACACC